AUGCCCUUCUGGCUGCUCUGCUGCUGGGUAGGUUACCAGGACGCUUUGUUUAAUAAUCCUUCAAGUGAAGUCUUUUCAAAUCUUAAAGGUAUUUGCUCCACGACCAGCGCCUCGUUGUUGAACUGUAAUUGUGAGCCGGGUCCUCGAGGACCACCAGGACCGCCAGGCCCUCCUGGUGCUGGCUUUGGAAGUGGUGGUGGAGCUGGUGGUGGAGUUGGCGGUGGUGGUGGUGGUGGUGUCAUUGGUGGUGGUGGUGGCCUUUGGGGCUAUCCGCCUAUGCCACCAUUCGGUACCAACAUUCAACCUAUAAUUGGUCCUAGGGGCUUGCCUGGGCCGCCGGGACCACCGGGCUACUGCUUUCCCUGUCCAUAUAGUGAUUACGGACCACGACCAGGAAUAGGAUCAGGAAUCGGACCAGGAUUUGGACCUGGAUUUGGACCAGGGUUUGGACCAGGAUUUGGAACAGGUUUUCGACCAGGAUUCGGACCAGGUGGGGGAGGAGGGGGAGGAGGAGGAGGCGGAGCUUUUGGUCAGGGCAUAUCCUCCGCUAUUGGCAAUCUUAUAAUCAUACCAUCCGGCGUCAAUGGACGCGCCCAGCUCUUCCGCAUUACUCCUGAUGGCCAAUUGGUGCGCAUCGAGAAUCCCAAAAAUGAUCUCAAUGAGAUUUUACCGCAUAAUUUCCAAGAGCAACUCGCACAACAGGCGGCCGUGCCCACUGCCGCCUCAACGACCGGGAUAACGCCACCAAAUCCGCGGCCAGGGCCCACAGCGCCCACGCCCGACGAUCAGCCCGACGGUCUGGACGAGACCAUGUUUGCAGCGACGAAUUCGGAGCGCAAGGAUUCGAUGCGUGGCAACUCUGAGGCCAACGAUUGGCGCCGUGUCCUGCUGCUGGGUGAGCCGCCCGUCAUCAGCGCUGCCAGCUCCGAGCAGGCCAACGCCAACCAGCUGGAAAACAGCAUGGACAGCUUUCAGCGAGCAUUGGUCGAUCUGAGGGAUAAGUAUGCCUCCCUAAUCCAGCCGCCCACGGUCGAUCAACGAUACGCCGUUAUUCUAUAG